AAAACCCAUAUACCCUUCCUCCCUUCCCUCGCACAGUCGAUCACUCUACAUCUCUUCUGCAGCGGCUCUUAUUCUCUCUAAACUGUCAGCCCGCCGCCUCUCUCGCCCAGAACUCGUCCUCGCCCUCGUCUCUUACCGUCACGCUAUCUUGCCUCUCGCGACCAGUUCGUCAGCAUCUCUACCUCUGUAUCUGUUUUUCCGUUCUGCGUCGCCCCAUUGUCCUCGCCCGCGGCUUCUCACCUCCAGCCGCCUCGACUAGACACCAAUUGCUUCAACAAGUAACUGAUUGACCGUUCUCCCAAUGGAGGGUUUGAAGGUCUCAAACGCUAACUUAACUGUUUACCUUCACCCUUCCAAGAGUAGAGACGCUUCCGAAGCCAUUCUUCGUGAGCUCAGCUCUUUGCUCUUCACGUUCAGCGAAGCCUUGGAUGGUGUUGUCUUAGCUUACGAUAUCGAUUCGCUUGAUAACAAGAAGGCCAAGAUUCUUUCUGGUGUUAUUCCUUAUUUCGGUGUUCCGCUUAGCGUGGAUUUGUUGCUUUUUUCUCCAAAGCCUGAUAUGCUUUUAGAGGGGAAGGUUGUUAAGCUUUCACAAGAGUCUAUUCAUGUUGUAGUGCUUGGAUUUUCUUCUGCGAUUAUAACCGAGAAAGACAUUAGGGAAGAAUUCGUGUACAAAAUUAAACAUGAGCAAGAUGUGUAUGCAAGCAAAUCUCACAAGAGACAUGUUAUCAAAGUUGGAACUAUGAUACGGUUUUCAGUCAAGAGCUUUGAUGAGGAAAUACUUCAUAUUUAUGGCUCCUUGAUGCCAGAUCACACAGGCAGCAUUCAUUGGUUGGAGAAGCACUCUGAAUUAAUUUCCCAUACUAACAGUAUUGCAAAGAAGAGGGAAA